GCUAUCUUGAAAUGCUUUUCAUUCCCAAUCCCUGGCCAGUAAGAAUUUGCUCAUGAAUUUUUGAUCCACGACAAUACCGCGAAACGUCCUUGUCCCUCCGAGCUGACUCACAGUUAGAGAUUUACUAAUCGAGUGGUGGAUGUACCUGCCGGAUUUGGAUCCCCUAGCCUUGCGUUCAUCUAUCUCCGUUGAAAUUAUUGUCCAGUACAUUUUAACGUUUCCAAUGCGAGACUAACACAUCAUGGGUUGUGGAGAGAGCAAGAUCAAGGAGAUCAAUCUAUCUCCCGACGAUCGUGACACCAUUAGGACGGUCAGUGAAAACGUGUCCAACGGUCGGUUGUCGGCCAAGUCCUCGCCAGAUUUCUCGAACGAUGACGAGAUGCUUCCAAACCGAUUGCUGUCGGCCAUUCCAAUGUCAGAUUUAGGCGACUCAUUAGACUCCAGGUACUUUGGAGAGUCGCUCAACUUUAGUCACGUGUCCAAAAGUGGUCUUUUGGCGUCGGGAAUGGGCAGUGCGGAGUCAGGCGAUUCCGCCGAUUCCGGGUUUGAUGGCGAAUAUGAGGAGGAGAACAGUCAUAUCAUCACGGAGCAUUCCGAUAAGAGCGUGGUAUCAAAAGUGGAGGCCGAGUUCAGACCGGUCGAACUACCUGAGUUGCUAGUGAUUACGGGUCGAGCUUGUGCCCGCAUUCUGUCCGGAUAUCAAAAGAAUAAAAUGGAAGAGGCCAAAAUCUUGGACUCUCUCCGUGAUGAAGGGUUAUUGGCCAAGCCCAAAGGGAAAACGGCCGGAGGCAUGAGUUUCGAGGUUGUCGACUCUCACCUGGUGAAUCACGAUAUCAUAGAUACUGACACUAAUCCAGACGUAUUCGUGUCGUCGAGCUUCAUUCCCAAGAAAAAGUUAGAGCGACUAGAAUCACGUCGAAUCAACAUUCGGAAACCCUCGGCUCAUCUAGAAUCUCGAUUAGCGGAGGCUGAAUCUCGACGAAAGGCUGUGGAGGAAGAGCGAGUCAAAAAUGUGUUAGAACGAAGCGGUCUGGAGCGUCACGGCCGCAUGCGGUCCGCCUCCGCCAUUCGAAGGGACAACAAAUACUCGGCCACCGUGGCCAAUCGACAGCAACAACUCCAACAAAUGAGGGACAAAUUGAAAGAAAAGCACAAGAAGAACGACUACAUUCGCCUCAAAAAAGAGCUCAAGAAUGAUACCCCUUUGAUGGAAAGCGGGAAUUUCAAAAAUAGUGAUCACUUCUUUGACGACUAAUGUACAUUUUGGUAUUUCUCUAUUGGUCCAGAUUAGCAUCCAUUCAAACAUUUGUGAUAUCCCUACUCCUUUGAAAAUACACGUAUCGGUUGAAUUGUG